CCGGCCUUCCAUACCGCGGCAUCCCGCAGUACGCUCCUCACCCUCCCCACCCCCACCAUCGACGCUCCCUCCCGGCGGCUCCUCGCCACGCCGCCCCCUCCUUCCUCCUCCCUCCGCCGCGCCCUCUGCUCCUCCUUCCCCGCCGGCCGCCGCCCACUGCUCCUCCCCCUCCACUCGCACGCGCCGACCGCGACCCCCUGCCUCGUCGCCCCCGCGCCUGAUCUCGCGGUCGCCGCCCCCUGCUCCUCCUCCCCCCUCCGCGGCGGGCGCCCGUGGAGCUCGGGGUGCGCUGCCCCCUGGAUCUUGCGGACGCCUCCUCCAACUCCAACUCCAACGAGCCGGUGCCCUCGAAGUGGACGGCAACACCCCCAAUCUGGCGCAUCCACGAUGAUUCGCUCCGAUCCGUGGCCCCCGCUGUCAGCCCCGGAUUCGGCGUCGCCCCCGGACCGGCAUGCCGCGGAACUCGCCCCAUCGUCGGCCUCCCGCUAUCGUGUCGAAUCCCUGAUUCGCACCUCAGGUUCAGCAGGAGGAGGGCAGUCAGCUCGAGGCGUGGAGCCGUGGACAGCCGGGAGGAGGAGCUUGGGUGGUGGGCUAUUAGCAGGGAGAAUUGGGGGGAUGGAGGUUGCAUUGUGGGGAAGUAGACGGGCUGCCACCGCUCAGUGCAUGGAGGCAAUGACGGGUGCAGCCGGCUUUGUAUGGCGAGUAUCUUGCUACAUCAAAGCUCUAUGGCGAGGUAUGUGGCCGUCGCCCCUGCCUCCACCAAGCCGUCACCAUUGCCCCCUGUACCAUGAACCUGAGAGGGCGAGCGGAGUCGAGGUAACAACUAUUCUGACAUUUGCCAUCGAGCUCUGCUGGUCGUGCAAUUCUUUUUUUCAAAGGGACAUGCUCUUUUGCAUAAGAAAUAUGGAAUAUUGGACAAGAAGAAAUAAGUUAGCAGGAGAGUGACAGAUUGCUGCAACUACGGAGCUCAUGAGGUGACCAUCAAUCAGCACUUGUCUUUUCCUUUGACCUACUAAUUUAGUAUCAGGUAAACACAUACCUUUGAUAUAACACAUCUUACUUACAUGCGCCUGGAGCCCUGGACACAUGUUUUUUUUUUCAUUUGCAAAGAAAUUAUGGAAAUGUGCGCUCUUUUCCCUUCUCCCUUCCAUUCUCUGCAUGUACACUUAUGCUCUCUUUCUUUUUAUUUUGUUUCUCAACAGAUACUGAAAAUUCUCAUAUUAGGUUGAGAUCUAAACUAGGCUCAAGGUUAGCAUUUUAAGUUUCUUAAUAUGCAACUUCUAGCAUGUAACCUCUAUUAAAUUGGAGGGCAUAUUGGGGCUGCUUUUUUUUCUAGCUGUGAUCCCUGCUGCUCGACUGAAUGGUUUAUUACAUAUCCCUCCUUUUUUUUCUAGCUGUGAACUACAUAUCGCUGCUUUUGUUUCCCUGACUUGGAAAGGGUUUGUAAGGACCACUUUAGGAGGACUUGUUGGGGCAUAGGGUUGGAUUUUGGUUUCAGGGUGGUGGCCUUGGACCCUAAUUUCGCAAAGCUUAACAUAGAUUCAAUUGUUUAUGCUUAUGAAAUUUCGGAGAGAAGGGCUAUUUUGCUUGACUAUGAUGGAACUUUGGUUCCUCAGACUUACAUCAAUAAGCCACCUAGCCCAGAAGUUGUGAGUAUUAUCAAUACUCUUUGCUCAGAUAGGAGAAAUAUUGUUUUUCUUGUCAGUGGGGUGAGAAAAGGAUACAUUGGGAGAGUGGUUUGCCUCAUGUCCAAAGUUGGGAAUUGCAGCUGAACAUGGUUACUUCUUAAGGUUCUUGUGGUGCAUGAGAAGUAUUCUGCUUCAACGCCGCUUGGUGCUUGGAAACUCCCAACUGGAUUCAUCCAUGCGUUAAG